UGCUGCUCUGCCUCUUCCGGGUGUCUGGCUCUGAAAGCAGCUCAGAAAUGGCGCAGCCAGAAGUGAAACUGCAGCAGGACAAACUCAGCUGCUCCAUCUGCUUGGAUCUCAUGAAGGAUCCUGCAACGAUUCCCUGCGGCCACAGCUACUGCCUGGCCUGCAUCGGGAGCUACUGGGACACGGCGGAGGAGAGCCCCAGCUGCCCGCAGUGCAGGCAGCGCUUCAGCCCGAGGCCGGUGCUGGUGAGGAGCUCCGUGCUGGCGGAGCUGGUGGAGGAGAAGAGGAAGAGGAUGAAGAGGAAGAGCGGCCCGCAGGCGGCUCCCGACGAGCCCAACCAGGACGUGUUGUGUGAUUUCUGCAGUGAGGAGGAGCAGAAAGCAGUGAAGUCGUGCCUGCAGUGUUUGGUGUCGUUCUGUGAGCAGCACCUCCAGCCUCACUUCUCCAUCUCCGCCCUGAAGAAGCACAAGCUGGUGGAGCCGUCCCGGCAGCUGGAGGACAGCGUCUGCCCGCUGCACAGCGAGGUGAUGAAGAUCUUCUGCCGCACCGACCAGAGCUGCAUCUGCUACCUCUGCUUGAUGGAUGAGCAUAAAGGCCACCAGACGCUUUCCGCCGCCGCCGAGAUGAGCAACAAGCAGAAGGAGCUGGCGGCUCGUCGGCAGGACGUCCAGCGGAGAAUCCAGGGCAGAGAGCAGGAGGUGGAGAAGCUCCAGCAGGUGGAGAAGGACAUCCAUCGGUCUGCUGACGAGGCGCUGAGAAACGCAGAGAAGAUCUUCACCGCCGUGAAGCAGCAGAUCCGAUCUCGGCAGGAAUCUGAGGUGAACAAAGUGAAGAAGCUGCAGGAGGCGCUGGAGGAGGAGAUCAGGGAUCUGAGGAGGAGAGCCGCCAUGGUGGAGGAGCUGCAGCAGACCAGUGACCACAUCCGCUUUCUGCAGAACUACGGCUCCCUGGACCGACUCGGAGAGGCUUCCGACCCGACCCGCAUCGACGGUCAGCCUGAGAGCUUCAGACGAGACGCAGAGGGAACGGUUUCUGAGCUGAGAGACAAACUGGAGGAGCUGCUCACCGAGGACUGGAGCCCAGUUCCACCAACUGGAACCGAUGUGAAGGUUCUGGUUCCACAGGCAGAACCUCAGACCAGAGAGGAGUUCCUGCAGUACGCCUGUCCUCUCACACUAGAUCUAAGGACUGCACACAAGUGGGUCAGUUAUAAAUGUCCACGAAAGGCUUAUUUUUACAUAAUAAAUGACGUUCCUGUGGAUCACCCAGAUAAGUUCUCAUGCUGGCCCCAGAUUUUGUGUUGUGAAAGUCUAACUGGGCGUUGUUACUGGGAGGUGGAGUGGGAAAUGUUGUAUUUCAGCUGGGAAGGUUUUCUAGCAGUUUCAUAUAAAGACAUCAGCAGGAAAGAUGAAGAAAGUGCGUUUGGAAACAAUAAAAAGUCCUGGGCUUUGCAGUGUUAUGAUGAAAGUUAUGAAAUCAGACAUAACUCCAUCAGAACUCCAGUCUCAGGUCCAAUUUCAUCCAGAAUAGGAGUUUACCUGGAUCACAGUGCAGGAGUUCUGUCCUUCUACAGCAUCUCUGACAACAACAUGAUCCUCCUGCACAGAGUCCAGACAACGUUCACCCGACCUCUCUGUCCUGGAUUCGGUUUGUAUAGGGGCGCCUCAGUUCAGAUCUGUGACCUUUGGUCAGUUUGAGAUUUAUUUGAUUAAAAUAAUUCUCCUUUAUGUUCUGCAGCAGUAAAAAUGCACAUUAGUUGCAUUCCUAUUUCUUUUACACAUAAAUAAAUAAUGUGCAAAUAAAUAACAAAUAUGAAAGGAAAAACUGAAGAAAAGUUACCAAAUUAAACACUAAAUAUUGAACACAGAAAGACAUCAAUUUAGUAUUUGGAUGUGAGUCCACUUAAGUGAUCGAAAUGCAGAAAUAUUGUGCUGUAAGUGAAAAAAUAAAAACAGCAGAUGGAUAUUCCACCUUGACGUCAAUAUAUUCUAUUACUAAAUAUAUUGAAAUGUGUUGGAUGGACAGAAAAAAUCUUAAAUCAUUGGAAAAGUUUGUUUAAUUUCUUUUUUUUUGUUUUAAAUUGAUAAAGUCAGACAUUUUUGUUUAUUUCUCCAUAAGUAAGACCUGAAAUGGGGAAAAGAGCAGCAGUCAAUAAAAAUGAGGUCUGAUAUGAGAUGAAGUGAUGAAAAUGUACAUAAUGUAACAAAAUUUGAUCUACUAUAAUAUUUACAGUGUAACAUUGAUAAACUAAUUUAUUUAAAAAUCUAAAUAAAACACUUUGGUAACUUUAUGGACAAAUUUGUAAUUUUUUUCUGUCUUUUUGUGGACAUAAUCACUUUUUGAUCAAAGUCAAACAUUAAAUCUGCUUAUUUCUACUUUAAGU